AUGAAUGUCAUAUUUGGUUUGCUGUGUCUACUGUUGGCAGCGGUUAAAGUUGCUGAGAUUUCAGGCCAUGUGGAAUUCACAAAUGUUAAAUGCGAAUCUCUGGAUAAAAAUUUUUCCGACUUUGAAUAUUGCUACAUAAAAGCCAUAAACCGAAGCUACAAAUACGUUUCCUUAAAAGUGAAUUUAUUUAAAGUUCCAGUAACUAAAAUAAAGGUUAAUUAUUCUGUGAUGAAGCGAUUCAAUGGAUAUAUUCCCUUUCUCUAUAACGUCACAAUCGAUGCCUGCAAAUAUUUUGAAAAUACGAACAGAAACCCACUAGCUCAAUACAUAUCAGGGCUCUUUCUGCCAUAUUCGAAUAUGGCCCACAAGUGCCCAUUUAAUCAUAGCCUCAUUGUGGAGAAGCUACCUAUUGAUCAUGUGAGCAAUCACUUAACUAAUGUCCUUAAAUUCCCUACUGGAGAUUAUGCUCUCUAUACAAGUUGGAUGGCUUAUAAUAUUAAUCGUGCUAACGUGAAUGUUUUUAUCAAACUUUCUUAA